CUCCCUUUGUCGGUGUCUGCGUCUCCCUCCUCUCUCUCCACUAAUAUCUCUCUCCGUUCCUCCCUCCUCCCCCCCAACACACCCGCCGCCAAAACCCUAGCUCCAUCCCGCCGAUCGCCGCCGCCGCCGCCCUCCCGCCGGCCCGCCCGCGCGAGCCCCGGCGAGACCCCAUCCCCCGGCUCGGCCAAGCGCCCGUCGCCCCGCCCCCCCUCCCUCCGCCGCCGCCGCUGCCGCUGCCGCUGCCGCGAUGGACAUGGAUACCUACGAGCGCCUCGUCGCCGAGAACCGGCGCCGCGGCACGCGCUUCGAUGCGCUGAUCGUGCUCGACGAGGCGGAGGGGAGCGACGAGGAGGAGGAGGAGGAGCGGGCGGCAGGGGUCGGGGUGGCGGACGAGCUGCCCUGCCCGUUCUGCGGCGAGGAGCUGGACGCCGUGGGGCUGCUGUGCCACAUGGAGGAUGAACACCACGCCGAGGCCAAUGCCGGGGUGUGCCCAAUUUGUGCAGGUAAGGUUGACAUGUUAGUUGACCACAUGAGCUUACAGCAUCGAGCUUUCUUGAAGGAUAAGUGGAGAAACCAGCAAGGUUUGUCUGGGUCACGUUAUUCAACGCUUGCAUCAUUGAAGAGAGAUCUUGAGAGUAUAAGUAGAUCAUCACGUGCUGCCCCAGUCAGCACAGUGCCUGAUCCUCUACUGUCCUCUUUUGUUGGUAACUUCUCUGAAGUAGAUUUGCCAAGGGAUGCUAAGAAAGAGCCCUUGGAUGAGACAGAAGUGGGAAGUGAUAACUUGGACCAGAAAGCAGCAGAGAGUGUGGAUGAGCCUUUGCUCCCUGAGGUCAAGGUGGAGCGAAUCAGGAGGAGCCAAUUUGCACAGGGGCUCGUCUUGUCCCUGAUAUUUGAUGACAUCUUAUGAAGGGUGACCCAAAAAGCCAAUGGAGGAGGCAACUCUCGCUACCAUCGAACAGGCCUUACACCGAGCACAAGGUGCUGCCGCAGCUGUUGUAACGACUCGCUGAUCUGCCAUCAGAAGGUGGUGCCAUUACUCCGGGAUAAUGGGGAGAUGAAUUGUGGAUAUGGAUGUUCCUUAGUAUAUGCAUCAUCAUUGCAUGGACAAUAGAGUAUAUGUAUAGUUUGUUAGCAUCGUGGUACCGGAUAUGUUGGGAGCCCUGUAUGUAAUAUUGGGGGAGGCCGAGCUACUAUCUAUCGUAAAUCAGCCAUUUGAUCAUGUGUUUGUGGUGUUUUGCUGC